AUGCUGAACAAGAAAAUCAAGGCGUGCGCCCUGCACGUCGCGCCCGUGUACAUGGACAAGGUUGCCAGCCUACGUAAGGUAGUCAACCUCAUAUCCCAAGCCGCAGUCGAGUCCGUUGAGCUCCUCGCUUUCCCCGAGGUGUUCGUUCCCGGCUUCCCCUACUUCACUAACUGUUACGCGCCGAACGCCGCGGCCGUCGCUCUGUACGCGGCGCAGAGCGUGGUGGUGCCGGAUGAUCUGACCGAAGUCCAAGCAGCGUGCGCGAAAUCCGGGAUCGUGGUCGUCCUGGGCAUAUCCGAGCGCAUGCGCGGCGGGCACACCAUAUUCAACAGCAUCGUGACCAUCGACUCGGACGGCACCAUCCUCGGCGUCCACCGCAAGCUGCAGCCGACGUGGGCCGAGCGGCUCGUGUGGGGCCAGGGGUCCGGCUACACGCUUAAAACGUACGAGCCGAAGGGGGCCGGGUACCGGAUCGGCGGGCUCGCGUGCUGGGAGCAUACGAUGAACGGGGCGCGGCAGGCGCUCAUCGACCAGGGGCAGCAUAUCCACGUCGGCUGCUGGCCGGCCCUCGACAUCCUCGACGGCUUCGAGAACGUGGCGUGCAAGCAGAUCGAGGCGCUGAUGAAGACGCACGCUCUAACAGCGCAGGUAUUCGUGCUGUGCCCGAGCAGCUACGUCGACGCCACAUGUCUGGAGUGGAUGGAGAAGAAUUUGGGUCCGCAGGACAAGGUGAAGCCUGGUGGGGGUUGGACAGCUAUCAUUCACCCGUUCUGCACCUUCGUUGCCGGCCCCUAUAUGAGCGACUUCGAUCUGCUCGUCGUGGGGGAGGUUGACCUCUCUCAGCUGGAUUUGGUGAAGGCUUAUGUAGAUGGGGCGGGUCACUAUAAGAGGCCCGAGGUCUUCAAGUUGGAUGUUGAUAUGACACAGCGAUGGAAGGAUGAGCCGGACAUCGUCGGCCCCAUCCCGUUGAAUAAGCCGUAA